AUGUCGAAACGAUUAUUUCUCGAGCUUUCCGAUGAUAGUGAACUGAAAUUUCAAAAAGAGAAAAAAUCAAGUCGAAAGAAGAAAUGGCUGAUCAAUAGAGAAUUAGAAUAUCCUGAAUUUAUUCCUAUUGAAUUUAUGAACGAUCCCGAAUUUAUUUUGAAUCACGUUACAAAGUAUGGAUAUGGAUUAUCGGCGUAUGUGCCUAGGGAUGUACUGAAUGAUCAAGAAGUAAUACUAACAGCUCUUCAACAAGACGGCUUUGCAUUUGAAUACAUUUUUGAUGAUCUAAAAAAAGACAAAGACUUUGUAUUGAAAGCCGUCCAACGUAAUGGGAAAGUGCUAUGUUUUGUUGCACGAGAGCUUCGUAAAGAUAGACAAGUUGUUUUAGAAGCUGUGAAACAAAAUGGUGGAGCCUUAAAAUAUGCCGCAACAGAAUUGUUGGAAGAUCAGGAAAUUGUGUUGAAUGCUCAACACGGAUGCUUGUUACAAUUGGCGUCAAAAGAUCUCAAGAGUGACAGAGAAGUUGUGUUGACUGCUGUGAAAAAUUAUGGACUUGCCUUGCAAUAUGUAGAUGACGCUUUAAAGAAUGACAAAGAAUUGGCACUUUCUGCCAUCGAACAGGAUCCUUCAGCAUUUAUAUUUCUGUCUAAAAACUUACAAGAUAACAAACAAGUUGUACUGUGUGCAGUGAAGAAAGACCCAACUUUAUUACAACACGCUUCGCAAGCAAUGAGAGGAGACAAAGAAAUUGUGUUAAAAGCCGUAACACAACACGGUUGGCUACUUGAGCAUGCAUCUUAUGAAUUGAGAGAGGAUAAGGAAGUGGUGUUAGCGGCUGUAAAUUCAAGUGGGGUAGCAUUACUGUUUGCAUCAGAGGAAUUGCACACAGAUCGAGAUGUUGUACUGGCAGCCGUCAAACACAACACGAUUGAUCUUUCAGAUGACUUAUUCAACGACAAGGAAUUAUUAUUACAAGCUGCUCAACUCGGAUGUUACCGAGUGUUGUUUGGAGCCCCUGCCGAAAUUUGUGCUGACAAGGAUUUUGUGACACGUGUCGUUCAACGAAAUGGUAAUGCCUUAGAAUAUGCGAACGAGAGUUUUCGCUCCGACAAGCAAGUAGUGUUGAAUGCUGUGAGAAAUAAGGGACAAGCACUAUUAUAUGCCAGUGACGCAUUGCAAAAAGAUUCCGAAACUGUGUUUUAG